AUGACGCUGAAACAGGAUUAUGAUCCAUACGAGCCACUUCCAAUGCUGGACAGCGAAGACGUGGGGAAGUACUUCAAGGUCGAAGACUCGUACAUGGCGGCGAAGGGCUACGCAAGAAACAAGCACGCCAAGAAAUAUCGAGAAAGGGCGGUGCUUCUAAUCUCCAAAUACUCAAAUUACGAAGACUUUGAUCCUGUGAUACCCUAUCUUGCCAUGAAUUAUUUCGAUCGGUACAUUUCGAAGACGCCUAUACUGGGAUUAUCAAGAAAUGGAAUACAUAAUGUAGAUCUCACCGCCCUAGCUUGCCUUGUACUUGCUUGGAAGAUGAGGGACUUGAAUUUCAAGACCCCUAAAUUUCUGGCAGAACGGCAAGAUCUUGCUGGGGUUUCGACGUUGGAAUUGGUCAAUAUGGAGAUUCGAAUAAUGCACUCACUCGAUUGGCGUAUGCGCUCAGUGACAGCCUUCUGUUAUUUGCCAUACUUUGAGCCUAAGUUCCACUCGACGUAUGGCUUCAGCCGAAGAACUCUCAACGAGAUCAUUAUACAAAUACAAGAUGUCAUUGGGAUGGUGCAUUAUAAGCCUUCAGUAAUUGCAGCAUCAGCUCUUCUUUCAGCUUGCUACUAUCUUUAUCCCGAGCGAUAUCAGAGCUUUUUUCAUCGCAUAACUUUGGAUGAUAUCUUCCAACAGUAUCGUAAUCACAUUGAGCUCUGUGUGGAAGGUAUGAUAAGCGUGUGCAACAAUUUGCAACUUAUCAUCGAAAGUAAGGUGCCAGAGGAAGAAACCUCACGGAUAAGACAAGUACAAGCUGGGUGGAAACAGGAAGGACCGAGUACACACUCAACAAGUAUGACAAGGCUAUUGAGUACGGAGGAGCGCAAUGAAAGACUGCAGUUUGACUUUCGGCUCAGAUGGAGUAUCGAGAAUAGCAACGUCAAUGCAGAGGAUUUUGUCAUUUUUAGACCUCUACCUAAAGACAGACCUGUGGCAGAAAAAAAAGCAGAGGAAGAGCCAAAGCCACAGCCAGAGCCAUCUCAAGUUGCUCCUCAAGUUGAAGUGGGACCCAAUAAUAGGACUCCCCACAGCAAAGAAUGUUGCAGCCUCCUCUGA